AUGAUAUUUUUCACUUUAAUCCUUUUUGUUCAAAGUUGCUUUUGGAAAAACGAAGAUAUGACUUUAUACCCAACAAAUGGAGAGUAUUUAGAAUACUCUAUGAACUAAUUAUUAAAUAUAGAGAGUGAUAAUAAUUAUUUCGAAAAUAACAAUUUUAUUUACCAUUAUGAACCUAGUGUACCAAAUGUUUAAAUAGCAAAUGCUUUUAAUGAAAUAGCACAUAUAGAAGGACAAGGUAUUUUUAAAAAUCAUAAUAUUAGAAUUUAUAUCAGUAUCAUCUAAUCAAACUCAUUUUGCAACAAUAACUUAAGAAAAUCAUGUCAUACUAUAUGAAUGGAAAAACUUAAAUUUUUAAUAGUAUGGAUAAGUAGUUGAAAUUAAAGAAAAAUAUAAAUGUUAUAAUAUCAAUUUAUUUGCUGAUAUAUAUGUCUUACUUGAUUGUUAUGCAGAAGAACAUUUUUAUUUAUUAUAACUAGUGAAUACUAGUUUGAACAUUGUUUAUUCUAUCUAAGCAAAUAAGCCUAUUAAAUCAUAAAUGCAAGGAAUUUAUAAUGAAUCAAAAACUUUCCUAAUCUAUGCCUAAUAUUAUCAAAAUUUAUCCAUCAUAACAUUAUUCUCAUCUCAGUUUAAAAAUUUAACAUUUUACUAAGAUUAAUUUAUACAGAUUGCUAUUCCUUUAAGAAAAAACCCAUUUUUGUAUAUACUUUAUGAAUAAUAUAUAUCUCAAUUUAUCAUUACUUAGAAUCAUACUUUUUUAUAAAAAUAACAACAGUAUUUUAAUGAAGAAGCAGAAGCUGAAAUUUUUCAAGUAUAUUAUAAUUACUAAGUUUAUUCUUCAUGUGAUUAAUUAUUGAUUAAUUUCUAUCCUUAUAAUAAUAGGAUAAUUACAAGUUAAUACUUAGGAUGCUAAAAUAAUUUUUUUACUUUAUUUCAAUUUAACAAUAUUUAUUCUAAUCAACCCAAAUUGAUUUAGUCUUUUUUGAAUAAUCAAUUUUUAAUAUUUUAAUCAUAACAGUAUCUUACAUUAUAUAAAAUAUAUGAAUUAAUGCCUUUUGCCUAUACUGAAAUUAAAAAUAACACUUAAAUAUAUUUUAAUAUAUAUGAUAACUAUCUAUUUACAUUUAACACAAAAAUUAUAGUCUAUGAAUUGAAAAUACCAUAAUUAUAAAUUAAUUUAACAGAUUAAUAAGUUCAAGGAAUAACUUAUGAUAUAACUAUUUAUGCGAAAUAAUAUAAUCUGAUUUCCACCAGUAUUUGUAAAAUGUUCAUGUCUAUUACAAUUCUAGAUUAGAAUGAUACAAAUAUUUAUGUAAUGUUUAAUAAAAAUUUCUAUCAGUAUAGAUCUAUUAGUGACUAUGAAAUAGAUUAAUAAAUCUUUGUAGGCUAUUCAGGCUAGUUGCUCAAAUAUACUGUUAAUAAAGAUAAUAAAUAAUUUGGAUAAUUUAGUUAAACAACAUAUUAGGAAAAAUUGUUAUACAUAAAUGAAUAAUUUUAUUUGGCCUAAUUGUCUUAUUGUUUUAUUAAUAAUAACUAUAGAAAUUUAUGUCUUAUCGGAGUUACAAAUGAAUUAAUAUAAAUCUUUUUUUUAUUAAUGGAUUAUAAUUUUUAUGAAUUUUUUAUGGAUAUUAAUAUUCCUAUUAAGGCUCAGUCAUUAUAAGUUGUUUCUAACGAUUAUGAAGAUUUAAUAAUCGGAGUUAGUGAUAAUAAUACAAUCUACCUUUAUUAAAUAUACGCUAUUUAUAAUCCACCCAAUUACUCCUCUUAAGAGUUUAAGUUUGAAUAAUAAUUUUAGUAAUUUUUAAUUACAUAUAAUAAUUUGAUAACUUUGUUUAUAAAUCAAGAAAUUUAAAUCAUGAAUUUGAAUUCUACUGAUUUAGUAAUCAUUAACGAAACUAUAAUUAAUUAAUUAUUUAAUAGGGAUAGUUAGCUAAAAUUUAAUCCUAUUCAAAUAACAGUAAAUAAUUAGUAAUUUUCUUCAUGCUUAUUUAUCAAUAAUAUUAAUAAUGUCAUUAUUAUUUCGAUUGAUUAAAGUAAUAUACCAAUUCCAAUUUCAAUCAUAGAGGUUAAAUUCUAAAUUAAAUAAAUAAAUAUUGUAAAUCAAUAAUUAGUUCUAUCCUAUAUUUGCAAUUACGGGUUUGAUCUUUGUUUCUAAGUUUGGAGUAUAUAAAAUUUUAAAUAUCCAUUUUUUAUGAGAAAUAUGCCUAAUGUACAGAAUAAGAAUAAUAUCUAAAUACUAUCAGAUGACUGGUUUUUUUAUGUUCAAUUUUAAAAUUACAAUUUGUAUGUCUACAACCCUAAAUUACCUUAACAUAUGAGUUUAUAUUAUUUACUCAUUUUAUCAUCAAAAUUGAUAAGCACUAUUUAAUAUUCUUUAAAAUCUAUUUUGUAUUUUGAAACUUAUAUCAAUUCAUUAUCAACAGAGCAAAACUUUUAGUUUAAAGUAAAUUAAUCUCUAAAUUUUUCACACUCUUACCCAUAACUGAUUUAUAAUUAUACUAUUACUUCUUUGGUAAAUUAAACUGCUAAUUAAACCACACCAAAUCAAAGCUUGACGUAUUUAUCAAAUUUCACUUAUUUCUAACCAAAAACUACAAUAACGGUAGAUUUGUUGAUAUAAGAUUUAAAUUUAACUGAUCGAACUUUUACAAUUCCUGUGAAUAUAAUCCUUGAUAGACAGGCAAGUCUUUGUUAUUUUCCUAAAAGUUCUGAUGUUGAUAAAAUUGAUAAAAAAGUUGAUUAAUUUGAUUAACAAUACUUUACAAAUGAUGAAUGCAAUUUAACUAAUUUUGUUUACUUUACAAAAAAUAUUGAUCUUAAUUACACAUAAGUAACUGCAGUAAAUAACAAAUUUUUUAUUCUGUAAAACAACAGCGCAAUAAGAAUUGUUAAUUAGUAUUUUGAAUUUCUUUAAUCUUACGAUUAUUCUAAUUUAAAUUUUACUGAAUGCUUGAAAUCAACAUCUUAUAAUUUAAGUUUAUCAUCAAUAUGUCAAAACGAUACUGCAUAAUAUUGGCUAAGCAUUUAUUUUGACUCUAAUGGAAUUGUUAUAAAUAGAAGCUUAUUGUAAAUAGCUUAUAAAUUUACUUAUAUAUCUAAAAUUAGUAAUAUAGCCGCUCUUAAUUUUAUAUUGGGAUCUUAUAAUUAAAAUUCUUAAAAUUUGUAUUUAUUGAACCCUUUAAACAAUAGCAUCCAGCUACUUAUUAGUGAUUGUCAAGAUUUUUCAGUAUCUUUAUAUAAUUCUAGUUUAGAUAUGAAUUAGUCAAAUUUAGUUAUUAUUAUAUACAUCUCCAAUUAUUAUGAUGUAUUUUAUCAAUAUUUAUAUUUUAAUAAAUAUUCAAUUACUUAAAGUAAUUUUUUAGUUUUAUUUUCGGAUAAUCUACUUUAUGCUUAAAUAUUGAUAUUGCAAAUAAUAGACAAAUAAAUUUUCUUCCUUAUCACUAGUACUGAAGGUUUUGGAUAUUUAUUAUUUUAUAAGUUAUUUUAAAACUAGUUAUCUUUUUAAGAUUUAAUAACCACUAUCCCAGCUUAUGUAAAUGAUGAUAUAGUACUAGUUCCAAAUUUUGUAUAUUCUAAUGGAUUUCUACUUCAAUAAUUUAAAUAAGGAAAUACCUAUAUUAUAGGAGUUUACUACAUUACUGAUUUACUUAUUAACAAUUUAGAAGAGCCUAUUUUGAUGUUAGGAUAAUUAAACUCUACAUCUUCUGAAUAUGCUUUAAUUACAAAUAUAGAGGAUCGAAACGCUACAUGCCUUGCAUUAAAUAAUGGAUCAAUUUUAUAUUAUCCAAUAUAUACUAGAACAUUAAAAUGCCAUUAUAGGUAAAAUAGAAAUGCUGUCCAUGUGAAUAUUGCAUGCUAGAAUGAUUUUUCAAAUGGAGCUUAUGAGAUAACCCUUAUACUUCCUGAAUUAGAUAAACCUUCAAAAAGAUGGAUAUAUUCAUUAAUUACCAUAAUAAGUUUCUAAUUAAUAGGCUUUUAUAUUUUGGUUAAAUAUAGAAUGAGAAAUAUUGGUUAUAUCAAUACAGAAAUAGAACUUUGA